GGCUUCGCGCAGCCACGAGGGCGGAGUUCAGUGCAGGGGUUUUCUAGUGAAACUUAGAAGAGUGAGCCCAGUCAGAGUGUGCAAGGAGAAGUAAGCACAGCACUGAAUCAGGAAGAGUAGAACGAAAGAACACUGAUGCAAGAAGUUUUAACCUGCAUGUUUACUUCUUAUGGAAUGACAACACACUCCGACGCACCAAGAAGCAUUGAUUCCUGGACACACACGGAAUAUGAAACGGAUGAAGAAUUGUCCAGCAAAUAUGCUGUUUGAAACUAGUUUGAAUUCGCCAAGACACACAUGAGGUAUAUUUUCAGCACAAAAAGAAAAUGAAUGAGACAAAAAAUGAUUGCGAAAAUAACACUGUUGUACUCACCGGACCAAGGGUACCAGCCCUGCCGGUGCUCAUGUUCAUAUUCGGCGUGGUGGGGAAUGUCAUCGCCAUCGUGGUACUUCGCAAGUCGAGAAAGGAGAAGAAGGAGACGACCUUCUACACGCUGGUGUGUGGGCUCGCCAUCACCGACCUUUUGGGCACCUCCAUGGCGAGCCCGGUGACCAUCGCGACAUAUGUGAAGGGAGCGUGGCCCGGUGGGGAAGGGAGCGGGGACCCGCUGUGCCAGUACUCAGCUUUCAUCUUGCUCUUCUUCUCCCUGGCUGGACUGGGGAUUAUAUGUGCCAUGUCUAUAGAGAGGUACCUCGCAAUCAACCACGCGUACUUCUACAACCACUAUGUGGACCAACGACUUGCUGGGCUCACGCUGGUGGUCAUAUACCUGUCGAAUAUCCUGUUUUGCGCGCUGCCGAUCAUGGGACUCGGCCAAGUGAAACGCCAGUAUCCAAACACCUGGUGCUUCAUCGACUGGCAGACCAACGACUCCACGCACGCCGCGUUCUCCUACAUGUACGCCGGCUUCAGUUCGCUGCUCAUCCUGGCUACGGUGAUCUGUAACCUGAUGGUGUGUGGAGCGCUGAUCAUGAUGCACAAGCGCUUCAUGCGGAGGACUUCUCUGGGUACUGACCACGGGCGCAUUGCAGAGCUCCGGCGCAGGCGAAGUUUCGGGCGCCUGGCGGGCGCAGAAAUGCAGAUGGUAGUUCUGCUCAUCGCGACCUCCGUUGUCGUUCUCAUUUGUUCCAUUCCUUUGGUGGUGCGUGUGUUUGAUAACCAGCUGUACCGGCCGCCCACGGUGCACUGCAAGGACAAGAACCCCGACCUGCAGGCCAUCCGCAUCGCCUCCGUCAACCCCAUCCUGGACCCCUGGAUCUACAUCCUGCUCAGCAAGACCGUCCUGCUGAAGGUGGUGGAGAAGAUCAAGUGCCUGUUCUGCCGCAUCGGAGGCCGCGGCCGUGGUGGCGUCGGCGGCGGCUCGGGCAGGCACAGGCAUCAUCUCGGGCGCUCGGGCACGGACUUCCCCUGUACGUCCACCGGAGGACGCCACUCUUCGGUGGUGUCGCGGGACUCUCCGUCGCUGGUGUCGCGGGAGCUGCGCGACAUGGUCAGCACCUCGCAGACGUACCUGUGCCCGUCGGACGCUGGUGGUGGUGGUGGUGGUUGCGGCGGCGGGACGCUGGUGAGGUUGGUGCCGGGGGGCAUGGGCCUGAGCACCAGUCCCAUCCCGAGUCCGAGUCCGCCCAGUUCAUCGGAGCGGUUGCUGCUCCAGGACCAGAGGAGGUCCGUCAGACUCGGGGGCGGCGGACACGGCCCCCAUCUGGGCCAGGGGAGUUGCAGGACGCAGGGUGGCGGUGGUGGUGGUUGUUGUUGUGGUGGUGGGGGGGCAGUCAGAGCAGCGGACACCCACAGUGCUCUGUCUGAACAGGCUCCUUUUCGGCCCAAACAGCCCCCCCUGCAGGUCAUUUUCACGGACGAGACACAGAACCUGCAGGAGAGGAGCAUAUGAGACUCAUGGGGUAGGGUGUGUGUGUGUGUGUGUGUGUGUGUGUGUGUGUGUGUGUGUGUGUGUGUGUGUGUGUGUGUGUGUGUGUGUGUGUGAGUGUGAGUGUGAGUGUACACGUGUGCUUGUGUGUGCGUGAGUGUGGGGAGGGCAGGGUUCUAAAGAAUGUAAGGAGGUGGUGAGGUUUCAGAGGCACAUUGGUGUACCUUGAGAACAAGCAGAGACAUCUGCAAAAGUGUAAACUAUGAUAGAGAGACAGAUAUAUUUGGGGAGAGAGAGAUUGAGAGAGAGACUGGCAGAGACAGAGAGAGAGAUGGAGAGAGAG